AUGGCCAAGACGGAGACUCCCCAAGCCGAGAUCACAAUCCGAUGUUGUUCCGAGAUCGUGCGCCGCUUGCUCGAAGCUCAUCAUUCCGGUAAGCCAUGCACAACCUCACUCCACUUCGCACCCAAUCCGGCCACUGACACUCCUUUCUGAUUCUCCAGGUGAAUCCAUCAACCUCAACGCGCUCAAAGCGUCCGUCUCCAAGAAACACGGCAGCAAGAUCGUACCCCGUCUAGUCGACAUCAUCGCCGCUGUCCCCCAUGAAGUCAAGGAGAUCCUUCUCCCCAAACUCAGGGCCAAGCCGGUCCGAACGGCGUCGGGGAUCGCUGUCGUGGCGGUGAUGAGUAAACCGCAUCGGUGUCCGCAUAUUGCGAUGACGGGCAAUAUUUGCGUGUGAGUAUACGGUGGAGGCUAGUAUUGGAUAAAAGGGUGGGAACUGACCCCGUCUCCUUCCCCGAGACAGCUACUGCCCCGGGGGACCCGAUUCCGAUUUCGAGUACUCGACCCAGUCCUAUACCGUGAGUCGGCACCGCAUUAAGCAAGGAGCAUACGCCAAGUGCUUAUAUGACGAAAAGCUCGACUCACAGGGCUACGAGCCCACCUCGAUGCGAGCGAUCCGAGCGAGGUACGACCCUUACGAGCAAUCCAAAGGUCGGGUCGAGCAGCUGAGAGGGUUGGGGCAUAGUGUCGACAAGGUAGGCCAUCUUCCGGUACGAACCGAGAAAGACUCGGACUGAACCCACGUCGAAUUUUGGCUUGCAGGUCGAGUUCAUCAUUAUGGGGGGCACGUUCAUGUCCUUGCCCGAAUCGUAUCGGUCCGGAUUCGUCACGUCGUUGCACAACUCGUUGUCGGGCUAUACGGGCAACGAUAUCGACGAGGCCGUGACGUGAGUGUCGUCGACGGGCUCGGAUGAGAACGUCGGUAGCUAGCUUACUCAACACCUCUAAUGACUCACAGCUAUGCUGAGCAAGCUCAGACAAAGUGCAUUGGGAUCACGAUCGAGACCCGACCUGACUAUUGCCUCAAGCCUCAUUUGUCGUGAGUGCGAGCAAGAUCGGCUUUCUCUUCCGAACUGUUCCUGAACAGUUAUUUCCAUCCAGCUCUAUGCUUCGCUACGGCUGCACGCGUCUCGAGAUCGGUGUACAGUCCGUCUACGAGGACGUAGCGCGCGACACGAACCGAGGGCACACCGUCCGCGCGACGUGCGAAUCGUUCCACAUGGCCAAAGACGCCGGUUUCAAAGUCGUCUCCCAUAUGAUGCCCGACCUCCCCAACGUCGGUGUCGAGCGGGACAUGGAACAAUUCCAAGAGUACUUUGAGAACCCCGAGUUUCGGUCCGAUGGGUUGAAGAUUUAUCCCACGCUUGUGAUUCGAGGAACGGGCUUGUACGAGUUGUGGCGUACGGGAAGGUACAAGAAUUAUUCGCCCAAUGCUCUGGUCGAUAUCGUCGCGAGGAUAUUGGCGUUGAUCCCACCGUGGACGAGGAUCUAUCGCGUUCAAAGGGACAUCCCGAUGCCACUCGUUUCUUCGGGCGUAGAGAACGGCAACUUGAGGGAGUUGGCUUUACAGAGGAUGAGGGAUUUCGGCCUCAAAUGUCGGGAUGUACGUCAUCGAGAAGUCGGUUUACAUGAAUUGCAUAUGAAGGUGCGGCCGGACGAGUUGGAGUUGAUCAGGAGGGAUUAUUGGGCCAAUGGCGGGUGGGAGACGUUCUUGAGCUAUGAGGAUCCGCAGAGGGAUAUUUUGGUCGGGUUGUUGAGGUUGAGAAAGUGUAGUAAGGAGGGGACGUUUAGGGAAGAGUUGAUCAGGGAUGGGCAGAGCUCGAUCGUUAGGGAGUUGCAUGGUGCGUUUGAUUCCUCCUCCUUCUUGCAUUGCCUCGUGCUUCCAACUGACGACCCCACCAUAUUCUACCAACAGUCUACGGCACCGCAGUCCCGAUGCACGCUCGAGACCCAACGUUGUUCCAACACCAAGGCAUCGGGACCCUAUUGAUGGAAGAAGCUGAGCGUAUCGCCAGGGAGGAACAUGGAUCAAGGAAGUUGGCUGUGAUUUCCGGCAUUGGGGUUAGGAAUUAUUAUCAGAGGUUGGGGUAUGCGUUGGAGGGACCUUAUAUGACGUGAGUGCUACUGAGAAAUUGAGGACGAGGGAUUGUGCUGAGUGCUGAGUUUUUGGGUGGAUUUCGCGGCGGAUACAGGAAAAUGCUCGAUUAUGAGGAGGAGGAAGGGGAGCAGGAGGAUGAGCGUGACGACAUGUUCUGA